AUGAUCAACAGCGGUAUCAAUGUCAUCUUCAACAACAAACAAUUUGCCAAGAGCAGUCUGCAAUGGAAGGUGGGUUUAUUGCCACACGGUUCCACUUUCGACACGUGGCAGCUGGAACUGGAAAAUGAGCAGUGUCACAAUACAGAACACUAUUCCCUACACGAAGACACUGUCGAAAGGAUAGUCGGUCCCCAGGAUGCUAAUGAAUUCCGUGUAACUGCGUUAGGCGGGACAUUUGACCAUAUUCACGAUGGACACAAGAUAUUGUUGAGUAUCGCUGCGUUCAUCACAUCUCAAAGAUUAAUCUGCGGUAUCACAUGCGAUGAGCUGUUGCAGAACAAGAAAUACAAAGAGCUGAUUGAAUCUUACGAGACACGGUGCAGCCACGUGUCUCGAUUCAUCGAGCUACUAAAACCAAAUCUCUCGGUGGAACUCGUCCCUCUGAAGGAUGUCUGUGGGCCCACUGGGAAAGUGCCUGAGAUUGAAUGCCUUGUUGUGAGCAGAGAGACCGUUGCCGGGGCAGAGACUGUGAAUAAGACAAGAGCAGAGAGGGGCAUGGACCGUUUAAUAAUACAUGUGGUCAAUGUGCUUGGAGGCAGGGAGGAAGACGGCUGGAGUGAGAAGCUGAGCAGUACAGAGAUCAGACGUCUUCUCCAGACGUCUCGCCCCUUAAACUAG